UUGAAGUAGUUGCCAUGGCAAAAUCAAAGUAGUUGUUACUUGUUACCAAAGAACCACACCUCAUUUGUACUCUAAAAAGAAAAAGCCAAAGCUGAAGAGAGAGAGAGCAGUUGAAAGUGGGAUUGAGUUGAAGAAUUUCCCUUGAUUAAGAUCUUUUAUACGAAUCUCUUCCCAUUUUCCCCAAUUACCCACAAACUGAUUUUCUUGAUUUUUGAAAAUCAUCGCCAUCAUCAGCCGCAGAAUUCUCUGGUGUUACUUCUAGUUUCUUCGGCUUCGAUGUAAACAGCUGAAUGGUAUUUGGGAAAGCAAAGGGAAUAUCCAUUGUGUGUAUCCAUAGAAGAAGAAAAUGGAGGUUCAACAGUCAUGGAGAUUGAGAUUCUCGUUUAGGAAUGCGACCAUAGCUUUGUGCUUGUUGAACCUAGUGGCUGUUUUUCUUCUGCUUCAGGGUUUUUUAUCUGCUGCUUCUUCCCGCAACAGACCCUCUUCAACAAAUCUCAAUUUGGAUCAGCUCAAAUAUAUUAGGGAAUCUGAAGAGAUUCGACUUUCCAUGCAACCUUUGGAGCUGAUUAAAAGGGUAAGGGAAAUUCAGCAGGAAGCACAUUAUGAAACAGAAGAUGUACAAGACAAAGACUCCAAGCAGAAUGCUGCUAUUGAUCUUUCUAAAAGAUUGAAAGACUUCCGUUCUCUCAAUGAUGCUUCCAGCUUAAAAGCUCUUGAGGAAUGGCGCAAAAGGAAGAUGGAAAGAGCAAGACUACGUGAAAUGGAGAAAAAUGGGACACUGAGUUCUUCUUAUCAGCCUCGAAAACACAACUUCUAAAUCUGUGUAUCUUGGUGUUUUUUUGGGGGAAGAGAGAGAGAGAAAGAGAGAGAAAGAUGGCUCAAACUAUGGGAAGGAACAUGGCAGCUCCAUUGCUGUUUAUCAACUUGAUUAUGUAUUUGAUUCUCAUAGGUUUUGCU